CUUAUUUCACGGUAACUUCUCCUUCCCCCAAAAGCUUCUCCAAAACUCAAGUAUAUUUCACUCUCUGAGCUCUGACCCCGCCGGUGAGCCACUCCAUAGCUCCCCACGCGGGCUAAGAGGUACUCUCUAUCGCAAAAGCUACCAAGACUAGAAAGCAACUUGGUUGCGCCCUUCUGUUGCCUGAUUCCAAUACUUAUACAAACGCGCCCCCUUCGAUUUCAAGGUCUCAGUCAUCAUCCACCACAAUGACUUCCAACCGUAAUCGGCGCAUCGCCAAGGAGAUUGCCGACAUCCACAACGAUCAGCACUCCAAGAUCGUCGUCGAACCGGCAGGCAACGGGGAAGACCUAACACAUCUACGCGGUCAGUUCUUCGGACCGCCUGACACACCAUACGAGGGAGCUACCUACCAUGUCGACAUCCGGAUCCCGAGCGAAUACCCCUUCCGUCCACCGCUGAUGAAGUUCGAGACCAAGAUCUGGCACCCUAAUGUCAGCUCACAGACGGGGGCCAUCUGUCUAGACACGCUCUCCUCGCAAUGGUCGCCGGUUCUGACCAUCAAGUCCGCUCUGAUCUCGCUCCAAUCUCUCCUCAGCACACCCGAACCGAAAGACCCACAAGACGCAGAAGUCGCUGGAAUGCUCAUCCGUAACCCAGCUGAGUUCGAACACAAGGCACGCGAGUGGGCAGUCACGUAUGCUGGUGCGCCCAAGAAGGAGAUUGCUGAGGGUAGUGGGGGUGCCACCGCUGCGUCCAUCAAAAAGAAGGCCCAACAGGCGAAGCAGAACGAAGAGAAGUCAAAACUCGCCGCAUACAAGGGCUACAACAAGGACCUGGUCGACCGCUUUGUUGCAAUGGGCUUCGAUGUCGAAGCUGUUGUUGCUUCGUUUGAGUACGUCGGUAUCGAUCGUAUGGGCGGCGAGGAUUACGAGCUAGAAGAGGCCUACAUGGGAGACAUCACUGCCCGGCUGUUUGGCGAAGCGUAGUAGCCUACUGACAUGUUCUCAUUCAAUCAACCAGCACUUUGCUGACUAGGGUCUAUUCUUAAAGUGGAAGCGGGACGAGGACCACGAUUCUAUGACGGAGCAUAGGCGUUCCUCCUUGGCAAACUAUUCAAAUCUUUCGAUUCAUUGCAGACGGCGUAAUGUCAUGGGUUAUCAUGAGGGUGUGGUGUACAUGAGAUCAUGGGAAUAGUAUAGUAAGGCGCUCUUCGUGAGUAGCCAAAGUAGUUUCAAUUGAAGUUGUUACAUUAAACC